CAGUUCGGGCUUCAAACAGUCAAAUCCAUCCCGUUAUGUAACCCUAAAUCUGGUCAUUUAUAAUCUACGUAGUCUCCAACCUCCACCACGAGAAGCAGCAGUUGUGUUCAGUCAGUGCAUACAACAAUGGCGUCUCAAUUGAGCAAAAAGCGAAAGUUUGUAGCCGACGGUGUGUUCUUCGCGGAGUUGAAUGAGGUCCUCACCAGAGAGCUUGCGGAAGACGGUUACUCCGGCGUUGAAGUUAGGGUUACGCCUAUGCGUACUGAGAUCAUCAUCAGAGCUACUCGUACCCAAAAUGUUUUAGGUGAGAAGGGAAGGAGGAUAAGAGAACUGACAUCUCUUGUUCAGAAGCGGUUUAAGUUCCCUGAAAACAGUGUUGAGCUUUAUGCUGAGAGAGUCAACAACAGGGGACUUUGUGCUAUUGCACAGGCUGAAUCUUUGCGGUACAAGCUUCUUGGAGGGCUUGCUGUUAGAAGGGCUUGUUAUGGUGUUUUGAGAUUUGUUAUGGAGAAUGGUGCUAAAGGAUGUGAGGUGAUUGUUAGUGGAAAGCUUAGAGCUCAGCGUGCUAAGUCAAUGAAGUUCAAGGAUGGUUACAUGGUGUCAUCUGGUCAACCAGUCAAAGAGUACAUCGACUCUGCUGUGAGACACGUGCUUCUCAGACAGGGUGUGCUUGGUAUCAAGGUCAAGAUCAUGCUCGACUGGGACCCUACGGGGAAACUCGGCCCCAAGACACCUUUGCCUGACAAUGUUGUUAUUCACAUGCCCAAGGAUGAUGUUGUUGCACUUCCACCUAAGGAGGUUGAAGAAUAUAGACCACCACUUGUUGCUGAUGAUCCUUUGCCCAUGCCCAUGUCGGUUCCUGUCGUCUAAGGUUCAGUUAGAAAUCUCUGUUUCCUUUGGGUUUCCAAAGUUAUGGGAGAUAAAUUUUCUUCAUCUGUUGAGUUUUGGUGAACAAGUCUUUUACUUUUUAAACUGCUGUUGGAUUCUUGAAAAUUAUGUUUAUGCUCACUAUUGUUUCUGAGAAAUUGCAAUAUGAAUUUUAAUUAAUGUAGUGGUUGGCC